AUGCCAGGAAUCAUAGUGGAUGGAGUUGUUACAGAGGAGAUUCAGCAUGAGGUGGGUUCCUCUCAAAACAAGGAGAAUUUGACGGCCCCAACCAUGGCGCCAAGCAUGCAGAGUGAGACACUUGAGAUGCACGUUGAGAAUUCUGGUGCUGGGGAGCCCUCGAUUGAGCAACUCUACAACAACGUGUGUGAGAUGGAGAGCUCAAGUGAGGGUGGCGGAUCCCCAUCACGCGAGAGCUUCGGGUCGGAUGGAGAGGAAUCAAGGAUCGACUCAGAGCUUCGCCACCUUGUUGCUGGGGAGAUGGAGGCCAUGAAGGUCAUUGAGGAGGAGGAGGAGAAGGAGAAGGAGAAGGGGAGUGGAAGUGUUACCAAUGCGGUACCUACUGCUGGGAAUGGUACCCCUGUCAGGCCUCAGUCUUCUAAUUCAUCCAAGAAGAAGGCUACAAAAUCACAGCUUGAAUCUGAUGCUUCUGUUGGCCCCAAUGGCAAGGCAUCCCCCGAGGAAGGCGAGAGUGAGGUCAGCAAGCCCGGAAGCCGAGUUGGCCGUCGACGGAAAGCUAGUGCCAAAUCACAGAAUGGGACAGAAGAUGCUGGUCUUGAUAACCCAGACCUUGGUCCAUUUCUUCUUAAGCAUGCAAGAGACUUGAUUGCCUCUGAUAAUCCGCGACGAGCGCUGAAAUAUGCUCUCCGUGCGACCAAAUCAUUUGAGAAAUGUGCAGGUGGAAAGCCAAGCUUGAACUUGGUCAUGAGUUUGCAUGUUGUGGCUGCAAUCCACUGCAACAUGGGAAAGUACGAAGAAGCUGUACCUGUCCUACAACGAUCCCUCGAGAUUCCUGUGACCGAGGAAGGUCAGGAGCACGCUCUUGCCAAGUUUUCUGGCUGCAUGCAAUUGGGGGACACCUAUGGGAUGCUAGGUCAGAUUGCCCUCUCACUGCAAUGGUAUGCCAAAGGGCUUGAAAUCCAGAAGCAGACAUUGGGGGAGCAGGAUCCAAGGGUUGGAGAGACUUGCCGGUACUUGGCUGAGGCUCAUGUGCAGGCACUACAAUUAGAUGAAGCACAAAAAUUGUGCCAGAUGGCUCUUGACAUUCACAGGGAUAAUGGCCAGCCAGCAUCACUUGAAGAAACGGCUGAUAGGAGGCUAAUGGGUCUUAUUUGUGACACAAAGGGUGACCAUGAAGCUGCGUUAGAACAUCUAGUGAUGGCGAGCAUGGCCAUGGUCGCCAAUGGCCAGGAGACUGAGGUGGCCUCAGUGGAUUGCAGUAUUGGUGACAUUUAUCUCUCAUUGGGUCGAUAUGAUGAGGCUGUAUGUGCUUAUCAGAAAGCUCUUACGGUAUUCAAGACUAGCAAAGGGGAGAAUCAUGCCACCGUGGCUUCUGUUUUCCUGCGGCUUGCUGAUUUAUACAACAAAACAGGGAAGCUGAGGGAAUCAAAAUCAUACUGUGAGAAUGCUCUCAAAAUUUAUCAGAAACCUAUUCCAGGCACGUCUCUUGAAGAAAUUGCCACUGGUUUGACUGAUGUUUCAGCCAUAUAUGAGACCAUGAAUGAGCAUGACCAAGCACUGAAGUUACUCCAGAAGGCCUUGAAGAUGUACAAUAAUUCUGCUGGCCAACAGAGCACAAUUGCUGGAAUUGAAGCUCAGAUUGGUGUCUUGCACUACAUCUCUGGGAAUUAUGGCGAUGCAUAUGACUCCUUCAAGAGUGCGAUUACAAAGCUCCGCACAUGUGGUGAGAAAAAGUCCGCCUUCUUCGGUAUUGCCCUGAACCAGAUGGGGCUGGCGUGUGUUCAAAGAUACUCCAUAAAUGAAGCUGCAGAACUCUUCGAGGAAGCUAGAACCGUUCUGGAGCAAGAAUACGGGCCAUAUCAUGCAGAUACUCUAGGAGUAUACAGCAAUCUUGCUGGAACUUAUGAUGCAAUGGGAAGACUGGAUGAGGCCAUUGAGAUCUUGGAAUACGUUGUUGAAAUGCGCGAAGAGAAGCUAGGUACGGCGAACCCAGACGUUGACGACGAGAAGCGGAGGCUUGCCGAGUUGCUGAAGGAGGCUGGCCGGGGGAGAAGCAGGAAGGCAAAAUCCCUGGAAAAUCUUCUCGAGACCAACCCAUACACCAUCGGGAAGAGGACUACAGUUGCAGCGUGA